GCGGGUCUUCGGCAGUUCGGGGCUGUGUUUUUAAAUCUCUCUGGAGUUUUCGGUGAGGGGGGUAUCAAUCUUGUCUUUCCUUUGGACUGUUACAACUAAUGCGAGAGGUCGACCCUCCUUGUCAAUGCCGACGUUACGUAGAUUGUGAUGGUUACUAGCUGAGGGUAUAAGCGGACUUGGUUUUUGACUUCCAUGGUUACCAGAAGUUUUCAUUACGAACAUAAAAAAGGAAACAAAACCCUGUAAUAAAAUCCGUAUGCGGAGACUGUAAAAGACGCGUGAUAUUAAAAUAUACAUUGACGGGAAUGAUUACCACUUAAACAGCAAGAAAUGUCACGAUACAGAAGCAUACGAAUGGAUAUCCACAACAACCUCAAGGAAACUGUUGCCAACGGUUACCUCAGCAGGUCGUACAAUGGCGGACGGAACUACGCAUUGUGGAAAAACUACUUCCGCCGGAACUUCUGCAACCUUCCAAUUCACGAGGAUUGUAACGCCACGCGAGAUUUGGCGUAUCUCGAGAGAAAGGGCCAUAUCAAGAUCGGGGACUAUGAUGUUUUGAUCGAUAUAUUUAGAAAGAUUGACGAAAGGGCCAUCCAGUAUAUUGAAAAGAAAACGUCAGACAUCAAGGCGGUCGGCAAAGACGUGAGAAAGAAAAAAUGGGCUCGAUUGAGAAUUGCUGUCAAUCCAAACAUCGUUUCGGAACGUGAAGAAAAAGAUUUUUCAGAUCUACUCCAGGCGAUAGCGGAUUACAUGAAGUCCCCACACUGGGCGUCGGAUUUCAAGACGGUGAACCGGAUGUCAAACGUCAUGGCUGACAAAUUGGGAAUGAACGCUCAAUUAGUGGACUUCGUGAACACCCUUAUUCAAAAGACGUCCCAACUUCGCGACAUGACUGAUGACGUCAUACACAAAUUCGUUACCGGAAUUCUCAAGUUCGCAACGUCACUUCACAACGACUUUGGUUUCGUUAUCCAGAAAAUUCGAUCCAAAUGCGUGGAUUUCUACGGCGAGUUCGCGAAGGACCCGGAUCAAAAGGCGGAAGAUAAACUUCGAAAUUACGCAUGCGCAGAGAUGUCUUCGUUGUUAUCGUCUGCCGGAUUCAGUAAGAAUGAGCUCAAUAUCAGCAUGGAGCUCCACUACUUUCCUAGGGACAUUUACGACAAGAUCAUUGAGCACUGGGACUUCUACCACCACACAAUGCACCUUCAGAAGUCCAAGUCCAAAUCCUUUAUGUCUCAAGAUUUUCUCCACAGAGACAGCGACAGAUUAAGAAGCACCAACCAGAGCAGAACGUCUUCCCGAUUUAAAUAAAUCACUUGAUCAGCACAUAUUUGAUGGACAGAAUUACAAUGUCUGGAUAUGUACAAUUUUGUAAUUUUGUAAAUUUCAAUAUCCCUACAAAUACCAUUGGUAAUAUCGAGAUAGUCUUUAUCACGCCUGAUCGUAUUUGAUCACUUCAUAUUUUUCAAAAUAUAAUUCUUUAUUACUUACCAUUAUAUAAGUUUCAGCAAUUGUACGAUUAAAUAUAAAAAUAGUCAUUGAUGAAAUGUAUUGGACUUUCCAUUUCAAAAUCGAUUCGUUGUGUUACGACAGACAAUAAAAUGCACUGAUCAAUGUAAAUAUAUUUUCAUAACUCGCUAACACAAGUUACUCAAUCUAAUAUGUAACUUUCAAAUUAACUUGUCUAUUACAGCAGUGAUAUUACC